AUGACCAACGAAAGCGACGAUCUCGCCAUCACAAGCUGUGAUCGGUGCCCACGAAUGGUUGCGUUUGGAAACAUACUGCUGGACAUAAGCGUUGAGCUGGAGGAUGGAAAAAUUCUGAAUGAUUUCGAUCUGAAGCCCGAUGAUCAAAGAGAAGUACCUGCCGACAAACUAGCUGCCCUUGUCUCCGUUGCCGUAGAAACCUGCGGGAACCCAAUCUAUAAUCCCGGUGGAUCUGCAUUGAACACAUGCCGUAUUUUGCGAGCACUUGGAGAGAAGAACAUAAUUUUUUGCGGAGCCGUUGGAGUUGACGAGAAUGGACAAAUACUGCAACAGAUUUUGAAAGAUUGCGCGCUAAACACCUGCAUUCAAACGUUGCCAGAUGAAAUCACCGGAACGUGCAUGUGCCUGAUCAGUGGAGACAAACGAAGUCUGAAUGCUAACAUCGGUGCUUCGUUACACUUCAAGAAAGAAUUUGUAAGCUCGCGCUGGUGCCAGUCUAAGAUUGGAGUGUGCAAGUCAGCAGCACACACAAACAUCGACGAAGACAUUCGAAUUUUCUACAUCGAAGGGUAUUUCGUGCCGGAAAAGUUUCAUAUUUGCACUUAUAUUUAUGAACAAUAUUGCAAGGGGACGGCAAACCUGUUGGUGACCAAUUUAAAUGCAUCGUAUAUACUGCAAGACUUCACCGUAGAAAUGCGCUAUCUUGUCGAACAUGCGGAUUUAGUGUUUGGCAAUUUGGCUGAAUUCAUUGCGCUGGCACAGAUUUACAAGUGUGCCGAUGUAGACGCAUUGGCUCGAUUGUUGGUCAAACCGUAUCGAAAGCAUAAUCGUAGCAAGAUUCUUAUCGCAACCGAUGGCUGCCGAAGUGUUCGGUUGUAUUAUGGUGCAGGAUCAAAGUUCAUCGCUGAAAACUUUCCGGUUCCAGUGAUACCGGCCAACGUAGUCAUCGACACUACGGGAGCUGGCGAUUCAUUUGUGGCGGGAUUUCUGUACAAAUUCAUGAACGAUGAAAGCCCAACGUUAGCGGACUGUAUUCGAUACGGGUGCAAAGUGGCUGGAAAGGUAAUACGGCAAGUGGGGUGUAAUCUGCCCUCCAGCGUACCUUCAUCGCCCUCGGUUACGCCAUCUGCCAAGGAGGGAAUGAUGCCUUAGAGUUAAGAGGAGAUUGUCUCUAUAUUUUAAAAUCCCUUAUCAGUAUGUUCCUGUUCUCCUGUGUUUCUACUUAAAACAAUUUCUAGGUGCUUGCUAAUUGGUGAUUUUGCUAUUACUGCAGUAGGUUAAGGGAAUUUGUUGAAGAAAUUGUUA